AUGCUGGCAUCAUUCAGGGUGGCACGGACUGUUGGUGACAGACUCUCGCACAAUGGACCCUUGCCACAUGGAUUACCAGGCUUGCGGUGCUUCCAACGGGUGCAGAUAGCGUGCGCUUGCAGCACCUGCAAGACCCCAAGCUGCAGACCGGAGGAGGCUGCAAAACGGUUCUCCACUAGAACGCCCGAGCAAAAGGCAGCUGCUCUCUUGCGACUGAAAGACUUUGCCGCAACCAAGAACGGGCAUUGCUUGUCGGAGAACUACGUCAACCUUCUGGUUAAGCUCACCUGGCAGUGCGAACAUGGCCAUGUUUGGCAAGCUUCUCCCGGCAGCGUGCUUCACGCCAAGUCAUGGUGUCCGCGCUGUGCAGCAGAUCGGUGCAGCAUCACGUUGAAGCGGCUGCAAGACCACGCCCAAGCUCGAAGUGGUAAGUGCCUGUCCACCGAAUGCAAGAACUCUCGUUCCUGGGUCCGCUGGCAGUGCGAGAAGGGACACGUGUGGGAAUCCACAGCCAAACAGGUUCUGUACCGCAAUAGCUGGUGCCCUGAAUGUUCCCAGAGUAGCCGAAAACGCAGGAAGCUCAGCCUCCAAGACUUGCGGACACACGCAGCUUCUUGUGGCGGUCAGUGCUUGGCUCCUGAAUACACCGGCAUGAUGACAAGGGUGCCCUGGCAGUGCCAGCAUGGCCACAGCUGGCAUGCGACACCCAAUAGCGUCCUGAACAGUCACUCUUGGUGCCCUGUUUGUGCUGGCGUGGUGCCAAUAGGCUUGGAACGUUUGCGAAAGCAUGCGGCAAAGAAAGGUGGAGUGUGCCUCGCUACGGAGUAUGCAAACAACUGGACCAAAGUUACGUGGAAGUGCAGGUUUGGCCACACAUGGCAGAGUAUGCCGCGUAACGUUCUGAACCGAAACAACUGGUGUCCGCACUGCCAAAAGAUAUGUCCUUCACGUCUCCAGACCCAUGCGGCUUCGUUCGGUGGACAGUGCCUUGCCAAGUCGUACAGCAGUUCGCAUAAUAAAGUAUUGUGGGAAUGCCGAGAAGGGCACCAAUGGAAGGCCAGGGCGACCAAUGUGCUUCACCAGAAGACCUGGUGCCCACAGUGUGCAGUCAGCUACUGGCGGACGGAGUCGGAGAUCCGCAGCAUCCUAGAGUUCAUAUUCCAUCCGUUCCAGUUCGUUUCCUCUUAUCCAUCUUUUCUGGAGGGCUUGCAGUUGGAUGGGUACUGCCCAGAGCUGCGCCUGGCCUUUGAGUACCAGGGGCAGCAGCACUACGAUCCCAACAACUACUUCCACUUCGGAGAUCCUUCCAGCUUCCGCGCCCAGCAGGAGAGGGACUCUCGGAAGGAAAGACUCUGCAGAGAGAAUGGGGUGCGGCUGGUGCUGGUGCCCUUCUUCGCCAAAGACAAGCGGACGUUCGUGGUGUCGGCCCUGCUGCAGUGGUUCGCAAUUUCUGAGGUUACUCCUGUGGCACUUGUGGCUUGA